UGCAGAUCGUUGGAUGGUCGUCUUCAAGUGUCGCACAGGAAAGGUUUACCCCAUGUGAUAUACUGCCGGCUGUGGCGUUGGCCUGACCUACAGAACCACCAAGAACUGCAGCCAGGGGACAGAUGCGAGUACGCCUUUCACCUGAAGAAGGACGAAGUGUGCGUGAACCCCUACCACUACACCCGAGUCGAAGCAGUGCUGCCGCGAGUUCUAGUGCCGCGGCACACGGAGAUCCCCGACAGCUUCCCCAAGUUAGAGGACUACAGCACCACUAUACCCGAAAACACGGAUCUCCCUACCAGCAGCAGCAUCAAUGACACGCCUUUCAGUAUCUCUGAUGGCAUCGACAUGUCCCCCAGCCCUCCUCUAGACAACAAUGCCGAGCUGCAACCGGUGACGUACAAAGAGCCCGAGUACUGGUGCUCUAUCGCUUACUACGAACUGAACAGUCGCGUUGGGGAGACCUUCCAUGCCUCCCAGCCCUCGCUGACGGUGGACGGCUUCACCGACCCCAGCAACUCUGAGCGCUUCUGCCUGGGACUUUUGUCCAACGUCAACAGAACACAGCAAGUGGAGAUGACUCGCAGACAUAUAGGUCGCGGAGUGCGCCUAUACUACAUCGGAGGCGAGGUGUUUGCGGAGUGUCUCAGUGAUAACGCUGUGUUUGUGCAGAGCCCCAACUGUAACCAGCGCUACGGCUGGCAUCCUGCCACAGUCUGCAAAAUUCCUCCUGGCUGCAACUUAAAAAUUUUCAACAAUCAAGAGUUUGCUGCCCUGCUGGCCCAGUCGGUGAAUCAAGGGUUCGAGUCGGUGUAUCAGCUGACCCGCAUGUGCACGAUCCGCAUGAGCUUCGUCAAAGGAUGGGGUGCUGAGUACAGACGUCAGACGGUGACGAGCACGCCCAGCUGGAUAGAGAUCCACCUGAACGGCCCGCUACAGUGGCUGGACCGUGUGCUCACACAGAUGGGCUCACCCGGCCUGCCCUGCUCCUCCAUGUCGUGAGGGGCUCACGCGCAUACAUACAGACAUAUAUAUAUAUAUAUAUACACACUCACGUACACAUACAUUUAUAUGUACAGACACCCAUGCACACUCCACUCACAAACACGCACACACGUACAAACACCCAUGCACACUCCACUCACAAUCACAUACAUACAAACACCCAUGCACACUCCACUCAGAAAUGCACACAAACAUAGUACAUACACUUAAAUGCACACACACACAUGUAUGAAUACAUACUCACUCAGAGACGCACACACAUUCACAAACUUACGUGUGUAUACAGACACCCUCACAGACUCGUUCACACACUCAUACACAUGCAGGCACACACU